AUGACGCUAUACUUCGAUACGAAGGUACAGUUUCUCGACAGCGAGGCAAUCAGCACGGUCAGCUCUUGGCAUCCGGUGGAACCGAUUUUCGCUGUCGCCUCGUACAGUAACGAACGCGGUGGCUCGGUAACAAUAUUCGAUGAUACGGGAAUACCACUGCGUGAUGUUUCGUUCCCGGUGCAUGCCACCUCCCAGGCGACCGUGCUGACGUGGCACCCGGAGCGGAAGAUUCUGCUUACCGGUUGGGAGAAUGGGGAAAUUCACGCCUGGUUCGAGGGAAAGCGUGAUUUCGCAACGAUUAAUGGUCCGCACAAGUCCCCGAUCAUGUUGCUGGAGUUUAGUGAAAAGGGUGGACGCGUCAUUACGGCCGAUGCGAUGGGUGUGCUGACGGGAUGGCGGUUCGAUGGGCAAACACAGUUUCUGACCAUGUUUAAUCACGAUCUGCGCGAUCCGUUGCUGCACAUUACGUUUCGGAAAUCGAUCCAGAGCGCCAGCAGCAAGGAGCUGACGAAUCUGGCACGAGCGGCGGUUGCCGGUGAUGAGGCGGCUCUCGAUCAGCUGACUAGCUGGAGACCGAGAACGGCAGUGCGCAAUCUCGCCCAUGCGAGCGUACACGACAACUACUGCUUUUACGCAUGCACACAGGCCGGUAUACUGUACUACAUCAAUCAAACCGGAACGUGCACGGAAAUAGUGCGCGGUGACAGCAUCCCGAUCAUACAGAUACUCUGGCACCCGAAACAAGACUCGAUCGUGAUACUGAUGGAGGACAUUACGAUCGGACACUACGAGGUGGACACCAACGGCCAGAUAACGGAGCUCGAUCGGGUGAAGCUUUCCGGGAAGGUGUCCGGUUCAAAGAGUGCAAUCACAUGGGUCGCUGGCUGUGCGCUUGCCAUUCUUACCGGCGAUCUGUCCGUACGCAUCUGGGACAUUGAGACGAACGACAACUACGUGCUCUCGAUGGAACUAUCGGCCGCAUCAGAACGGUCCACCAGCACCGGCGCAGAUCGGCCACCCGCAAGUGCGGUGGCGCUGGAAGUGUUUACGUGUGUAGCGUACUGUGCGGACACGCAAACGCUCAGUGCCGGUACGAGCCAGGGUAAUCUGUACACUUGGCGCCGUGCAGCAAGUGGGUAUGGUCGUUCGUACACCAACUCCGAGAACCAUUGGCAGCUGACGAACGUGACACCGGUGCGAGGAACAAUCAAAAGUCUCGUUUGGGGCACUACCGAAGCAAACCGGCCAUGCAUGAUGGUGAACUGCCUGUCCAGUGUGUUCAUCCUCAAGGAGCAAUCGUUACUGUCCGCUCACGCCCGGAACGUUUGGGCGACACAGAAAAAAUCCAACGAAUUGCUCGUCCGGCAUGCAAACGGGCGGGAAGUGAUACUGCACACGGACAUAUCGAUCAUCCAUCUUGCACUGAACGAGCUGCACAUUGUUGUAACGAAUGGGCGCACUAUAGCUGUUUAUCGGAUCGAUCAAGCCGGUACGAUGCGCAGUAGUGCUGGGCGGCUAGCAUCGACUGGUGGAGUGAUGAGCGACACGGGGAAUGGUGAUCCCGACGGGCAUACGUUAUUAGUUGCGUUCGUAGAUAGUUUUGCUGUCGAAUGUGUGGCUGUUUAUCUGUACGAGCAGAGCAUUGUUGCACUUGGGACGGAACAGGUGAAGAUUUACUCACUGAGCGGCAUCAUUCUGCAGGAGAUUGUGUUCAACGGCAAUGAAGGCAAACCUAUCGGAGUCGAUCUUGUUGGUCCGUAUCUGACUGUGUUCACACUGCACGGGUACAUCCGGCUGUACGACGUCUCACGGCACGAUAUCCGCCUGCUGCAACCACCGAAAAACGCGUACGAUCUGUUUGAAAAGUUCGGUGAAAUCAUCAUGGCGCGCACGAAUGCGAACGGGACGUAUGUGGCGUUUACCAUCGCUAACGAGCAGCUGCUACCGGACGGCAAGCUGUACCUUUGGAACCUGGAAAGCAAUGUGCUUAGUUCGCGAGAAUUUCACACCCCCGACCCGGCAGGACGUGGCCGUUGGUUGAAGGAAGCGGCUGAAACUUCGACAACCACCGCCACCGGGCAUACCUGCUUACCGGUUGGGUUUUUCUGGGAUGCCGAAGAUUCGCGGCUGUUGGCGUGUGAAAGCAAACCCUUGCCGAGGCAGCAAACGUCGGUGCGAGGUUUGCAGCCCGAAUCGCAAAUACACGUACUGUUUGUCGAUGGUCAGAAAUCGGAGCUGGCCGAGCUGGAGGUGCUGGAACCGCGUACGGACGGACCGGGUGAGCAGCUAGAGCUGAUCGGGCUGUGCGUGCCGCAUCUGAUCGUGCUGCGGAGAAACGAAAUCGCUCGCCUAGCGUUGCGUGACUUUAAGGGGUUAGAUACGUGCGAUCUGGCCACGCGAGAGAUGGUGCUGAACUUUAGUCUAAAUGUAGCGCAGGAAAACAUGGACCAAGCGUUUAGCUGUAUCCGAUCGCUACGCUCUGAUACGGUGUGGGCAAAUUUAGCUCGACUCUGUGUGCAGACCGGGCGGUUAGAUGUGGCGAAAGUUUGUCUCGGCCAUUUGAGGCGUGCCCGGUCGGUGCGGGCAUUGAGACGUGCAACGGAGGAUGCAACGUUAGAACCAGAAGCACGGGUUGCUGUGUUGGCAAUCGAGCUCGGGAUGAUGGAUGAGGCGGAAGCACUGUAUAAACGGUGCGGUCGGUAUGAUUUGUUGAACAAGCUGUACCAAGCGUCGGGACGGUUUGAGGAGGCGUUGGAGGUGGCGGAACACUUCGAUCGGGUACAUCUGCGAAACACGUACCACCGGUACGCGGAGUGGUUGAAGGAAUGUGGCAAAACGCAGAAAGCGAUACAGUACUACGAGCGGACGAGUAGCCUGAUGCACAACAUUAGCCAGCUGCUGAUGGAUGAUCCGGCCGCAUUGAAGCAGUACAUGCAGGGUACGAGUGAUCCGGAGCUGUUGCGAUGGUGGGCUCAGUACGUCGAGAGUAGUGGCGAUAUGGAGGGUGCGUUCAAGAUCUAUCAGCGCUCUGGCGAUUGGUUCUCGCAGGUGCGCAUCUUGUGCUUUAUCGGGCAGGUUGGCCGGGCGGAUGAGAUAGCGCGUGCCAGUGGUGAUCGGGCCGCUUGCUAUCAUUUGGGCCGAUAUUACGAGAACAGCGGGAAGUUGCAGGAGGCUAUACAGUUUUAUACGCGCGCACAAACGUACGGCAAUGCGGUACGCAUUUGCAAGGAGAAUGACCUCCCGGAUGAUCUGUGGACGGUGGCAUGUACGGCACGAGCCCGGGAUAAAGCGUCCGCGGCUGCCUACUUCGAGGAAUCGGGCGAUUAUAGGCGUGCGGUGGAACUUUACCAUCGUGCCGGGAUGCUGCACAAAGCGGUAGAGAUGGCUUUCCGAUCGCAGCAACCGGAAUCACUGCAAGUGAUCGCAUCCGAGCUGGACGCUUCAUCCGAUCCCGAUCUGGUGGCAAGAUGUGCCGAUUUCUUCGUCGGCAUCGAACAACCGUACAAAGCGGUUCAGUUGCUAGCGAACGCACGACAACUAUCGCGCGCACUAGCGGUCUGUGCGGAACACCGUGUACCCGUGACGGAAACGUUAGCCGAACUGUUAACACCCGGCAAGGAAGAUCUGCCGGAGGGAGAGCGUAUAGCGUUGCUGCUACGGCUCGGCGAUAUACUCCAGGAGCAGGGUGAUUAUCAUGCGGCGACGAAAAAGUUUACCCAGGCAGGCGAUCGUGUGCGUGCGAUGAAGAGUCUGCUCAAAUCAGGAGACACGGAUAAGAUUAUCUUCUUUGCCGGUAUGUCACGGCAGAAAGAUGUGUACGUGAUGGCGGCGAAUUAUCUGCAGGCACUCAACUGGCAGAACGAUGCAAAGAUCCUGAAGAACAUAGUCACGUUCUACACGAAGGGCCAAGCGUACAGCCAGCUGGCGAACUUUUACGCCAACUGUGCCCAGGCAGAAAUAGACGAGUUCCGGGACUACGACAAAGCGCUCAAUGCAUUGCAGGAAGCGGUCAAAAGUUUGUCGCGUGCCUCGCCAGCAUCGAACUCCUCCCAACCAGCGGCACUCGAUACGCUACAGGUAGCGAUGGCGGAGGUUCGGCGCGUUAUCGAGCUGCAGGAUGCAACGGAACGGCGCGAGUACAGCAAUGUCAUCAAGUUGAUCAAGGUCCGGUUGGAAGAGCGUCAAGAUCCACCACCACCGGUGCGUGUGUGGGAUUUGCUAGCGUUGCUGGUAGAGUGUUUGGUGGCGACCGGGCAACAUUCGGAAGCGCUCUACUACGUGCGGGAGUUGGCCCAACGGAAACCCGACUGGUAUCAUCAGGAGCUGCUGGAUAAGGGAGUGCUCGAUCGGUUGGUAGCGGAGACGGGCGUUAAUCUCGAACCGUACGUUAACGUUGCGAAGGUGAAGCGUCCGACCACGGCCACCAUCUCCACGAUGAGUGAUGAUGAAGAAAUUCAGGAGGUGUUUGAGUAGAGGGUCUUCCCUUUGAGAUUGUGUACU